AAAAGUCCAGGGCCACCAUCCUUGGCGCAGGUAGCUGCUGGUCUCCGGGGUCACCUGACGUCCCGUCUCGAGCGUGCAUCCCAGGACAGUGACACGCUCUCCUGAGCUUCGGCGGCCACACUCCCCUCCAGGGAGCUGCAAUGGAGGAGUCGCAGUCCGAGCUGGGCGUGGAGCCCCCUCUGAGUCAGGAGACAUUUUCAGACUUGUGGAAACUGCUUCCUGAAAACAACCUGCUGUCCUCUGAGCUCUCCCUGGCAGCAGUGAACGAUCUGCUGCUGUCCCCAGUCACGAACUGGCUGGAUGAAAAUCCAGAUGACGCCUCCAGAGUGCCAGCGCCUCCUGCAGCAACAGCGCCCGCACCAGCUGCCCCCGCACCAGCCACCUCCUGGCCCCUGUCGUCCUUUGUCCCUUCUCAGAAGACCUACCCUGGCAGCUAUGAUUUCCGUCUAGGGUUCCUGCAUUCUGGAACAGCCAAGUCUGUAACCUGCACGUACUCCCCUGCCCUCAAUAAGCUGUUUUGCCAGCUGGCCAAGACCUGCCCGGUGCAGCUGUGGGUCAGCUCGCCACCCCCGCCUGGCACCCGUGUCCGCGCCAUGGCCAUCUACAAGAAGUCAGAGUACAUGACCGAGGUGGUGAGGCGCUGUCCCCACCAUGAGCGCAGCUCUGACUAUAGCGAUGGUCUGGCCCCUCCCCAGCAUCUCAUCCGGGUGGAAGGGAAUUUACGGGCCGAGUACUUGGAUGACAGAAACACUUUUCGACACAGCGUGGUGGUGCCCUACGAGCCGCCCGAGGUCGGCUCUGACUGUACCACCAUCCACUACAACUUCAUGUGCAACAGCUCCUGCAUGGGGGGCAUGAACCGGCGGCCCAUCCUCACCAUCAUCACACUGGAAGACGCCAGUGGCAACUUGCUGGGACGGAACAGCUUUGAGGUGCGUGUUUGUGCCUGUCCUGGGAGAGACCGCCGCACAGAGGAAGAAAAUUUCCUCAAGAAGGGCCAGUCUUGCCCCGAGCCGCCCCCUGGCAGCACUAAGCGAGCACUGCCCACCAGCACCAGCUCCUCGCCAGUGCAAAAGAAGAAGCCACUGGAUGGCGAGUAUUUCACCCUCCAGAUCCGUGGGCGUGAACGCUUCGAGAUGUUCCGAGAGCUGAAUGACGCCUUGGAGCUGAAGGAUGCCCAGACUGCGAGGGAGUCGGGGGAAAACAGGGCCCACUCCAGCCACCUGAAGUCUAAGAAGGGGCAGUCUCCCUCCCGCCAUAAAAAACCGAUGUUCAAGAGAGAAGGACCUGACUCAGACUGAUGCCUCCUGCAUCCCAUCCCCUUUUGAAGUCCCUGGCAUUUUGGGGACUCAGGUGCUUAGACCUCUGCUUGGUGCAGGUGUGCCUUAGAAAUGCCCUGGAAUUCCUCUAUAUGCUUGGCCUGGGGCUCUGCUAAAGAAAUUGGCCUGCACUGGUGGGUUGCGGGGGUGGGGGUGGGGGGUGGAUAAGGGGUACUGGGGGCCUUCCGGCUUAGCUUUUUAAGGGUUUUUGUAUUUUUUUUAUUAAAUUUUUUUCAUUUUUUUAAAGUUUAAAGUAUAGUUGCUGUUUCCGUGUGUUUUUAAAGGGUUUUAUUGGUAAAAUGUUCAGAGAGGUAGGAAAAUGUUCCUGCGUAUCAGGAACAGGUUACCACCAGCCAUACACUGGGUCGGAAGCCCAGUUCUCCACCGUAAUAGGCAGAAGAGUGCCUUUCCCUGAUAACCUCCCUCCCCAUGCUGGUUGGGAGAAUUUAUGAAAUAAUGUAUUGUUUUCUUUUUAUAUGUUUCUUAUUUUCCAAUAAAAUAGUGUGGUAGCA